AUGGGCGAUACAGUCCGGACCGACGUCCUGAUCGUCGGGGCUGGUCCGUCCGGGUUGAUGGCCGCCGCCUGGAUGGCCCAGAUGGGAGUAAAGACCAUAAUUAUUGAUCAGAAGUCGCAUCAGACGCGAUGCGGUCGAGCGGACGGACUGGAGAGUCGAACGCUAGAAAUCCUGGAUAGUUUCGGCCUGGCGGACAAAGUCUGGGCUCAAGCAAACCACACCGUGGAGAUUGCAUUAUGGGGCGCCACAGCCGAUGGUAAGCUGCAAAGGCAGAGUGUCACCGCGAAUUCUAAGCCUGGAUGGUCCCGGUUCCAUGAGUCCACGCUCAGCCAAGGUCAAAUAGAAGAAUAUCUCAUGGAAUAUGUGCGGGCUGGAAAGCACGUUGAAGUGAAGCGGGAAACAAUCCCCACCUCGUUCGAGAUCGAUUACAUGAUGAUCGACGACCACGAUGCGUUUCCAAUCCGUGUCAAUCUGGAGAAUGUGUCAUCCGACCCAAAGUCUCCGUUUGAUGGCGUGGUUACUCCCAGCAGCGAGCUCAGCGAGGCUCAAUCGGAUGACUCCGGAUACGCAGGAAUGGGGACAACGGUUGAAGCCAAGUAUAUUCUCGGCUGCGAUGGAGCUCAUAGCUGGCUCAGGAAGCAGCUCGGGUUAAGACUUGAGGGCGAAAGCUACAACGAUUCUUGGGGUGUUCUGGAUAUUAUCCCCUUGACUGAUUUUCCCGACAUCCGAAAACGUUCCAUUAUCAAGUCAAAACAUGGAACUCUCAUGAUGAUUCCACGGGAGAGAAAGCUGGUGCGCGUCUAUGUCGAGCUUCCACCCGAAGCAGCCGACACGUAUCGCGCAGAUCGCAAUGCCGACGUCCUCACGGAUCAGGUCGCGACUAUCAUGCAGCCGUAUACCAUGAGAACAAGUCACAUUGACUGGUCAACCAUAUAUACCGUCGGCCAACGCAUCUGCCGAAAGAUUGGUCUACAUAACCGCAUAUUCCUUGCCGGAGACGCUAUCCACACGCAUUCCCCGAAGGCAGGACAAGGGAUGAACGUCAGCAUGCAAGACACGUUUAAUCUCGGCUGGAAAAUCGCGUCCGUCAUCAAGGGUGUAUUGCACCCUCGUGUCCUCGAGACAUACCAACAAGAACGGUUGCCCGUUGCUGAAAGACUGAUUGCAUUAGACCAGCGAAUCUGCCGAGGAAUGUGUAGCCAGCGGAGCGGGCAUCCAGAGAUGCAACAUGGCCGCUUCGACGAGGACCACAAGCGGGCGCUCGAGGAGGAGAACUCCUCAAUGUCGGGACUCGCUGUGAUCUAUCAGCCUAAUUCUCUCGUCACAUCAACAGUUUGGGAUGCGCCCUUGCUAAAAGACGUGGCGUCUUGCAGCAGCAGACCAUCUGUGGCCCGGAAUCUCCGAGUCGGCGCGCGCAUUCCUAGCGUGCUGAUCAUUAACCAAAGCGACUCGCAAGCACGCCAUCUGCAGCAGAUCCUCCCCAGUACGGGACAAUGGAAUCUGAUCGUUUUUGGAGGUGACAUUGCGGGCGCGGAUCAGAAGCGCCGCGUCGAAGACCUCGCAGAUACUCUCAAUUCCCCGGAUUCAGUUUUUGAGAAGUUGAAUGACCCGGCCUCGGUGGCGCGGCGCGGGUUUCCGGCUCUCGGUGUGUACCUCAUUCACUGUGCGGAUAGACUUAGCAUUGAGCUGAACGACCUGCCGAUCGUCUUCCGUCCUUGGACAAAAGACGGUGUAGACUAUAGCAGGGUUUGGGCUGAUGGCGAAGCUUACCAUCAUGCCGGCGGAGGGAAGCUGUACUCGUCUUUUGGUAUUGGGGACAAGGGGUGUAUGGCGUUACUGCGACCUGAUCAGCAUCUGGCUUUUCUUUCGGAUAUUGAUGAUGUGGAGAGUUUAGAACAGUUUCUGCGGUCGAUCAUGCCUGAAGCGACGCAGAAGCCAGUGUCUUAA